UGUACAGCUGGAGGAAGAUCAGCUCACAAAUCAACUCAGCUCAGCUCAAAAAAAUCAGUCCCACCAUCAAGGGAGUCUAUCUACUAUACGACUAAGAGGUGAGGAUGACAUCCACGGCAGAUCGACUGGCCCAUCAGCAGGAGAGGGAACAGGGUAUUGGCACCAACGAGCAGGCAGUGAAGUUCUCUCAGCAGGAUUAUGAAACAUUGCGGCAGCAGUGUCUGGAGAGUGGACGUCUGUUCGAAGACAACUGCUUUCCAGCUGACAGAAAAUCCCUGGGCUACAAUGAACUGGGACCAUACUCAUCCAAGACCAGGGGGGUGGUUUGGAAGAGGCCAACGGAGCUGUGUUCCAACCCAAAGUUCAUAGAUAAUGGAGCCACAAGGACGGACAUUUGCCAAGGAGCUCUGGGUGACUGCUGGCUUCUGGCUGCAAUAGCCUCUCUGACUCUAGACCACCAGAUCCUGGCUCGUGUGGUUCCUCCUGGACAGAAUUUCACUGAAGAUUAUGCUGGGAUAUUUCACUUCCAGUUCUGGCAGUUUGGUGAAUGGGUGGACGUAGUGGUCGAUGACUGUUUGCCCACCAAGGAUGGCAAACUGCUGUUUGUUCACUCAGCAGAGGGUUCUGAGUUUUGGAGUGCACUGCUGGAGAAGGCCUACGCUAAGGUGAAUGGCUGCUAUGAGGCCCUGGCAGGUGGGAACACUAUAGAGGGUUUUGAGGAUUUCACAGGUGGAAUCGCAGAAAUAUACACCUUAGAUAAGGCUCCACCAGAGCUCUUCCAAAUUAUAAAGAAGGCCCUGAGCCUGGGUUCACUGAUGGGCUGCUCUAUUGAUAUAACCAGUGCCUAUGAGACAGAGGCAGUUACGGCUCUCAAACUUGUUAAAGGACACGCAUACUCAGUCACUGGUGCAGAGGAGGUUCAUUACCGAGGCCAACUGGUUCAGCUGGUCCGCAUCAGGAACCCCUGGGGUCAGGUGGAGUGGACGGGGCCUUGGAGUGAUGGGUCCAGGGAGUGGAACUACAUCAGUGAAGAUGAGAAAUCAAACUUGAAUCAUGUGGCUGAAGAUGGAGAGUUCUGGAUGUCCUACUCAGACUUCAUAAAACAGUUCUCCAAGCUGGAGAUCUGCAACUUGACCCCAGACACACUCAUGGGUAAUAACGUGGGCCAUUGGAACCACUACCAGUUUGAAGGGAUGUGGAGGAUCGGCUCCACUGCUGGCGGCUGCCGCAAUAACCCAGCCACAUUUACAUCCAACCCUCAGUUUGUGGUGUGUCUGGAUGAUGUGGAUGAUGAUCCUCUGGACGGGGAGGAUGGAUGCACAUUUCUGGUGGGGCUGAUGCAAAAGGACGGCCGACAGCAGAGGAGGCUUGAUCGUGAUCUUGAGACCAUUGGCUUUGCCAUCUAUAAGGUCCCAGAUGAGUACAAAGGCAGCAGCAAUAUUCAUCUAGGUCCAGAUGUCCUGCUGCGACAGAGAGCUGUGGCCAUGAGCAGCAGCUUCAUCAACACACGUGAAGUGUGCAACCGCUUCAAACUUCCUCCAGGGGAAUACGCCAUAGUCCCCUCAACCUUCUACCCUCACAAGAAUGGCAGCUUCAUUCUCAGGGUGUUCUCAGAGAAACAGGCCGCAACCAGUCGCCUGGAGGAAGAGAUUGAUGCUAAAAUAGAGGAGGAGGAGAUUUCUGAGAGCGAUGUGGAUCCUCAUUUCAAGCGUCUCUUCAAGCAGAUUGCUGGCAGUGACAUGGAGGUAUCUGUCUUUGAACUGGUUGAAAUACUGAACAAUGUUGUCUCCCACCGGUCUGAUAUCAAGACAGACGGAUUCAGCCUUGAGACAGGUCGACUGAUUGUCAGUCUGAUGGAUACAGAUGAAAGUGCCAGGUUGGGACUGAUGGAAUUCCAUAAGCUGUGGAGCAAAAUCGAGAAAUACCUGGAGAUCUUCAAGACUCAUGACACAGACAACUCUGGCACCAUGAGCUCCCACGAGAUGAGAGGCGCUGCCACUAAAGCAGGUUUCCACAUCAACAGCGCUGUGCUACAGGCCAUCGUCAGUCGCUACGCUGAUGCUCAGUAUGCCAUAGACUUUGACAGUUUUGUGAGCUGCCUCAUUAAACUGGAAAUGCUCUUCAAAAUGUUCAAGGCUCUGGAAAGAGAUGACUCAGGGAAGAUCGAGCUGAACCUGCAACAGUGGCUGUGCCUGGCGAUCUACUAGCUCUGGAGACAAUACAAGCAAGGAUCCCUUUGUGAUAUCAGCUGGAUGAAAUUCAAUCAGUUAACAGUUUCAUUACAGCUCACAUUUAGUUUUAGAAAAUAAGUAAACCAAAUGAGAGAGGCAUUUCUCAUACACUCUAUAAGUACCAAAUGCUUAAAAUGGCUGAACUUUGUGAGCAAACUUAAAUGAUAUUUGCUGAACUUGUUUUUGGAGAAAGGCUGUGUUGUAUAACUCAUAUGUAUUAUCUCAUUUUUUAAAUCUACUUUUUUCUGUCACUUUUUUUUUUUUUCUUUUCCUUGGGGGGUUUGCUUUUUUAGCUGUCGCAAAACUUGUGUCAAAUGAUAGAAAA